CCUGUCUCCCUGCUGCCAGCAGAUGGGGUCGGUCGGUCCCUGCGCCUCUUCUUCUGCUCCCAUCCCGGCCUGCCUCCUGCGGCCGCCUUUUCCUGCCCGCCUCCUGCCUUCCUUCCUCCUCCCUUUAAAGAUGGACCCGCAGCGCCUCUAACAAAGACCGCCAGCGCGGGCCACUCUCCGGGCUGCCGCCCCGCUGCUCCGCUCGGCUCGGGUUUGCAAAUUUGGGGAGCCGGGGAGGUCCCCCCUCUGUCUGUCCCCCGGGAGGGGGGGGAUCCCCUGCCGCUUUGAUCUGCCGCUCUGCCCCCCAUGCCUUGCUGAGAAAGCGGCGCAGCCCACCCAGGGGGGGCGGGUGGGGGGGAAGGAGGAGGAAGGACCCCCCUCCGCCAGAUGGGCGCCCCCACCUUCCCCCCCGCUGCAGGAGAGGGGGGUGCAUGCCGGUAGGGUGAGUUGGGGGGGCUAGCACGUUUUAGGAACCCCCCGCGCAGCUCCCCAGGGGUUAAAGCACCCCCCCAGCUUACUUUAAGGAACUCCUUUCCUUCCUGAGACCCCUCCCCACAAAUAUUUGCACCUGAUCUUUUUACCUCGGUAGAUUGCAUCCUCUCCCCCGGUCAAUAGGCACGUUUCUUGGGGGGGGGGGGUUGCCCAAGACUUGAACAAGCCUCCCCGAAUCUUAAAAAGGAGUUUGGAUACCUCAGAGUUAGCUCUCUCCCCCCACACCACAAACCACUUUGUCCCAUAAAGCCCCCCCCCCCCCCCCCGUAGCUUUGCAGAGAAACUUUCUCCAAAGGGAUUUCUGUCCUCAUAAUAAGAAAUCUUGAAGCUCACAUCUCAACAUUCACUUUUUGUCAUCCUUGUAGAGGUGGUCUCAGUAGUCUUAGGUGAAGUUCUCCUGCCUUUUUGGAAACCGGCUAAAAGUGCUGCAGUUCUUGAGACUUCCAUUUAGUAGAGUUUCCCCCACCCCCCCUCGCCCAUUAUUUCUGUGGUGUGCCCCCGAAUCCCCCCUUCCUAGAAAGGCAAUAGACACCCCCCCUUCCUUGAUCCUUUGAAGUGCACUUGCAGAAUUUGCUACUGCUUCCCCCCAAAAAGGGGGCUCAACUUCAGUUAGUUUCUCCUUGUUUAUGUUUUAGGAGGUCCGCAAAUUUUCAGCUGAGUAGCAUGGGAAAAGCUGGGUCCCCAUGACAUUUCUACAGAGUCCAGCCUUUUGUAUUAGAGCCUAAAAUCAAUUGUAGGUUUCUCAGUCACACUUGAAAUCGGAGCGCCCCUUUGCCUUCUUUUAAAUACUUCUCAAAUAAUCCUAGGCCCAGGGUUUCUUGAUUUAAACGGCGGCCGUUUCCCCAGCCGUCCCUCCUGCAACAUUUUCAAUAUCUUUUGCCUCCCCCAAAUCUGUUUUGGAAUCGAUCUCCCACAAAUUAUCCCUAGACCGGCCCAUUAAUUCACAGCAUCUUUUAAAUGUGGAUUGGUUAGCUAUUUUUCCCCGUAGCGCCUCUGUUUUUAUCAGGUGUCUCCUCCGAAGUUGUGGUUCGGAGGGGCCCGGUAUUUAGCCUUUGGCGAGUCCUCCUCAGCUUCACACCCGCAAAAUUCUCCUACUCGAGUCCUCCCUUUAUUCAUUACCCGCAUCUUCGUUUGAAGACCACUUCACACAUUCAGUUCCUCUCCUUGCAUCCUGAAAUCAUUAUUCGGUUCACCCUCAAAUUUGUCCAAUGGCUUUCCCGGACCCCAACCACCCCCUGCAAACCCAGCUUUGUAGCAAUGUUUUUGGGGCGCUGACUGGGUUAAUACAACCCCCUCUAGCUGCUGGGCUAGGUGGGGGGCAGAAGUUCUAUUGCAAUAAUGGGGUACAGAUAGCUUCCCCCCAGCAGCAGCCAACAGUCCCUAGUGCCGCGGUGAUGGUGGAACCCGAACCGGACCGGCCAAUCGGUUACGGAGCCUUUGGUGUGGUUUGGUCGGUCACUGAUCCCCGAGACGGGUCACGAGUUGCACUCAAAAAGAUGCCCAAUGUUUUCCAGAACCUGGUCUCUUGCAAACGGGUCUUCAGGGAGCUGAAAAUGCUCUGCUACUUCAAGCACGACAACGUCCUUUCAGCGCUGGACAUUCUCCAACCUCCGCAAAUUGACUGUUUUGAGGAGAUCUACGUCAUCACAGAGCUGAUGCAAAGUGACCUUCACAAAGUCAUUGUGUCUCCGCAACCCCUCAGUGCUGAUCACAUCAAGGUUUUUCUCUAUCAAAUCCUCAGGGGCCUGAAAUAUUUGCACUCUGCUGGUGUUCUUCACCGGGACAUCAAACCUGGGAACUUGCUGGUCAACAGCAACUGUGUCCUCAAGAUAUGUGACUUUGGUUUGGCCCGGGUGGAGGAGCCGGAUGAAUCCCAGCACAUGACUCAAGAGGUGGUAACUCAGUAUUACCGGGCUCCUGAGAUCCUGAUGGGUACCAGGCACUACGGGCGUCCGAUUGACAUUUGGUCCGUGGGCUGCAUCUUUGCUGAGCUCCUAGGCAGGCGAAUCCUCUUCCAGGCCCAGAGUCCCAUUCAGCAGCUGGAUCUGAUUACAGAUCUCCUGGGGACUCCUCCGGUGGCUGCCCUCCAUUCAGCCUGUGAGGGGGCCCGCGCUCACAUACUGCGUGGGAAUCACAAGCCACCGUCGCUGUCUGUCCUUUACAUGCUCUCAGGAGAAGCAACCCACGAAGCCAUCCACCUGCUUUGCCGGAUGUUGGUGUUUGACCCGGCCAAAAGGAUCUCUGCCAAGGACGCGCUCUCUCACCCCUAUUUGGACGAGGGGAGGCUGCGCUACCACACGUGCAUGUGUACCUGCUGCUUUUCCAUCUCCUCAGGCCGUGUCUACACCAGUGACUUUGAGCCCCGGGCGGACCCCCAAUUCGAUGGUUCUUAUGAGAAGAAUCUCACGUCGGUGUGGCAGGUCAAAGAACUGGUGCACAGGUUCAUCUUGGACCAACAGCGGGGUAAGCGCAUCCCCCUCUGUAUCAACCCCCAGUCGGCUGCCUUCAAAACCUUCAUCCGCUCUACAGCGUGGCAUUCCUCCAAAGUGUCCAAAAAGGAGGAGAGAUGAAGGUGUUCGUCGAACGGGGCGAAGAGAUAAAAAGGGAAAGGAAAAGAAAACGGAGGGAAGAAAUGUGAACAAGAUGGCUUUCCCACUGGACGCUGAGGGGAAGAAGAAGAAAAGUGAACACUCUUCUUAAUCCUGCACUCUUGAAUAUUUUGACUCAUGGACAAACGUUUGGGGUGGGGGGGAGAGUGUCUGUCUUUUUUUAUUAUUAUUUGGGGCCGUGGGGGGGCGGGGAAAGGGUGUUUUGUUUUGCCUUGAUUGAUGUCUUUCCCCUCUCUACCUUUACAGUUCUGCACUGGAAGACCUAAUAGGUUGUAGUUUCCCCCUUGUGCCGGCCCCUUCCCACCUUCAGAAUAUCUGCACUGUUGCCUGAUACCCCUCUCUGCACCCACCCCUCACCAGUGAAUCCUUCACCAUGUGAUCUAACCUGUAGGGCUGGGACUGGGGUGGGGGUUGGAGAUUCCUUUGCCUGAAAUAUACUUUGCCUGUUUAUUUUUGCUCCUGGUUUCACAAUCUCACCCUACGCCUUGUUUACUUCGUCUUUAGGAUCCUCUCAUCUACCGUUGACUCACCUGGCCGUACUUGCCCUCCUCUUCCCAAGGGCCUCUUGAAAUAAGUAGAGAUGUUCCUUUCCCGCAGACCUUAAAAAAACACUUUGGAUAAACUUAUUUUCCCGGUUACGAAGUGUAGGUAUUCUUCAGUAAUCUCAGUCUGCUGUUCACACGGAGUCUUCUUUCACUGCUAAAGAGAGACUUCCGGCCUAACUAAAUGUUACGUGCAAGCACAUGUAGCAAAAAACCCAAAGGCCUUUUUUUUAAAAAAAGAGAGGCUGAUUCCGCAUGGGCCCAAAACAGCGUUGUGAAAACGGUGUGAAAGCGGUAUAAACCCCUUUACACCGGUUUAAAGCCUUUUACACCGUUUUCACACCGUUUUCACAUUGCUGUUUUUGGCCCAUGCGGAAUCAGCCAGAGAGAAAAGUAAGGAGGUUUCCCAACCCACCGAUCUUCUGCUUUCCAUGCUGUUUCCCGGACACACCGUUUUCUCCCCCAAGGUUUCCAAAUACUUGUUUACCUUGGCUGGCUUGCAGUUUGAAACGGUGGACAAGACGGAGUAAUAAAGCAUGCUGCACAAUUGAACGCCGAGGAGCAGUAAGUGGGGAAAGAGUUGACCACCUCGUUCCACACGUUCCCGUGCUCCAAAUUUAUCUGACCCAUUGGGCUUUUAAAAAUGAUCAGAAGUGUCUACGCAAGCUACGCAGUGUGAAAGUCAUGCUGUUAAUUUUUGUGGAGAAUCUAGGUGAUGCUGUUGCUAAUCUGUUAGCAGUUCUGUGGUGUUUUCCUCUCCCCGCCGCCAAUAAAGUAUCCACCUGAUCCUUUGUUGGCAAGCACAACACCAUUAAACCUUUGCAAGGGCUACCAUCUCUUUAAAGUUUCCUUCUACGUUCCUUUGUUGAUUCUUCCUUAAAGCUUAAUUCCUAUCCAUUGACAGUGGCUAAAGCAUUCUUGAAUUAGGAUCCUUAAUCAGCCACUGGUUAGGGUGGGGCAGACACACUUUAAUGUCUGCUAAAUUUCACAAAGAGAAACUUUGUGGCCAUAGCAAUUGUCCAUUCAAUAUUACCCCUUUUGGUUUGUGGCAUUACUCCCACAACCGUGCUGUCUAAAUGAUUGACCUUGAGGAGAAAAAGUAGUCAUGAAUUGACUGCCCGUGACUGUGAAACGCUGCCAUGCAAAGGAGUAGAAUUAUUAUGGGAUAGUUGCACAAAGUAAGCCUAAUUGGAGCAUGCUUCUAAAUAAAUAUACAGUGGAAUUUUGCCCCUCAGUACAGCCACUGUGGAAUUUUUGUUAGGAAUGCAACUGGUUAUGGGAAACGAAAGGUUAAGCUGCGUAAAGGGUCUUAGUGUGAAAACAGCUGGGAUUUAGUUGCACACAUUUUACAUGUUGUGUUUAGUUCAGCCGGUACCUUAGCAAUGGAGGACUGAGAAUUUCCCUUCCCUCUCUUCUGUCCCUACCCCAAUUUACAGCCAGAUAAACCUCUCCCAUUCUUUCUUGCUCCCCUCCCCCCUUUUAUAAUCUAUUCCUUUAUUGUUUUUACGCCCCUUCGAGAAUCUACCUCUUUUUCCCUUGUGUUUUUUGUGUACACUUUUUGGGUGUGUGUUUUCUCGGUGGCUUUGUGUGGGUUUUUUGUUUUGUUUUGUUUUUAAUUUCGUUUCGGGAUGGUGGGUAUUUUCAUUUUGUCUCGAUUCCUUUAUUUAUGAUCCCAGCAGUGUUCAUAACCUCGUUUGAAUCCCGAGUGUGUGUAUAUAUGCAUAUAUAAAUAUAUAUAUAUAUAUAUAUAUUUCCCCCUUUCCCUACGCAAAGGGAAAAAAAACCUGGAAACUUGAACUGUCUUGGCUGUAAUAGUUUUCGACCCCUAAUUUAAUUGUUCUCCACGGUAGCGGAAUUAAAUUUAUGCUGUGUAUUUUC